AUGAUAGCAGACGAAAUCCAAGAACAGAGUGUUUCAACGCCAGCUAUCACUGUCGUCUGCUGCUUGACGGACAAGGACCGAUGCAAAACUUUGUUCAGUGUAGAUGAAUGUGAUGUCCUCUUAUGUGACAAAGAUUUCAUUUACAAGGUUGUCUCUCCAACAAACACUUCUAGAGUAACUGAAGAAUACCCAUUGGAAUUACGCUAUACAUUAGAAAAUGACCUCCUUACUCUUGAGCAGAGACACUUCUAUGAAAAGAAUGGAUUCAUCGUCAUUAAAAAUCUGGUUUCCCAUGAAGAUCUUGAUACAUUCAGAGAUGAAUUUGAAAAGAUUUGCCGAAAGGAAGUGAAUGUCCCUGGAAUGUUGAUAAUGAAGGAUAUUACUGUUGCCAACUCUGAAUUGGUACCAGAUCAGAAAGUAAUCACCAAACUGCAACAGUUUGAAGAAGAUCCAGUUCUGUUCAGAUAUUGCUGCCUUCAACAGAUUUUAAAGUAUGUGGAGUGCAUUAUUGGACCCAACAUCAUGGCAAUGCAUACAAUGUUAAUUAACAAGCCAAUCGACACAGGGAAGAAAACAUCUCGUCAUCCCUUGCACCAAGAUCUACACUACUUUCCUUUUAGACCUGCAGAUCGCAUUGUGUGUGCCUGGACUGCCAUGGAGAAAAUAGAUCGUAGUAAUGGAUGCCUAGUGGUGUUGCCGGGGUCCCACAAAGAAAUCCUAAAACCGCAUGAUUACCCUGAAUGGGAGGGAGGUGUAAAUAUAUUGUAUCAUGGAAUUCGUGAUUUUGAUCCUAACCUUCCAUAUGUUCAUCUUGUUAUGGAAAAAGGAGACACUGUAUUUUUCCACCCACUGCUAAUCCAUGGAUCAGGAAGGAAUCGUACACAAGGGUUCAGAAAGGUAAUUUACAACUAGGUUCUACCAGCAAUU